AUGUCUGACGACGAGCGAGACUCGCCGACUGCGCCUGCAGCAAACCCAGAUCUCGACAUGGACAAUGAAGAGAACGAGGUCCCUGACAUCUCCGACAACGAAUCUGAGCUCUCAGAAGUCGAUGAGGCAGAGUUCGCCGAAUUCGAUCCAGCAACCGUUGCCCUUGAGGAUAGACCCCUGGUUGGUAUCGAUGAAGAUGCUGCGCGAACCCUGAAGGCUGGAAAGCGCAAGCGGGCAGAUAAGGAGGGCGAGGGCAAGAAGCCAAAGGAAGCAAAGCGCGAUAAGAAGAAGCGUGCUCGUCGUGAUGAUGAUGAGGAUCCAGAUGGACAGGUGAUCGAUGGAAAGAGAAACAAGAAGCCAAAGGGUGUUAGGUCGGACAGAGAGAAGGCUGACAAGCCGAGAGAGAGACGACCAGCUACGCCAGAGGAUGAGACAAAUUUGACACCGGAGGAAAGACGACGAAGAGCGCUGGAUAAGGCGAUGGAUGCUGCGUUAAAGAAUCCCAACAAGAGAAGACGCAAGAAGGAUGAAGUGGAUCUUGAGGAGGCUUUCGAUGACGAAAUUGCGGCUCUGAAGAUUCGAAUGGAGCAGGCUUGUGAAGCAGACAACACAGCUCGUGAGAAGGGGCAACCUGCUCUGAACAAGCUCAAGAUGCUUCCUGAGGUUGUGGCUCUACUUAACCGAAAUACCGUCCAGCAUUCGAUCGUUGACCCUGAUACGAAUUUCCUCCAAUCCGUCAAAUUCUUUCUCGAACCUUUAAAUGAUGGCAGUCUUCCCGCAUACAACAUCCAGAGAGACCUGUUCGCAGCUCUCACUAAGCUACCAAUCGAGAAGGAGGCCCUGCUUAGUAGCGGGAUUGGUAAGGUCGUUCUGUACUACACUAAGAGCAAGAAGCCACAGAUCGGAAUCAAGCGAACGGCUGAGAGAUUGUUGGGAGACUGGUCUAGACCGAUCCUCAAGCGCAGUGACGACUAUAAGAAGCGCAAGGUUGCUACUAGGGAGUUUGAUCACCAAGCUGCUGCCCUCGCGCAUCGCCCAGGUGGUACACAAUCUUCCCAAUUGCCAGCAUCGCAGCGUAUCAUGAUGUCGCAGAAAGAGCUCGACCGCGCGCGUGUUCUGGCUCAACCUGGCGUGCAGAGUACCAGAGCUCGGGUCGAGAGCGGUAACACCAGUUACACUAUUGCUCCCAAGAGUACUUUCGAUGCCAGCAAGGGUCUGGAUCCUUCUUCUAGGCCUAUUGGUGCUGGUGGUAUGGAAGCCUUCAGAAAGAUGACCGCAAAACAGGGCAAGAAGCGGUCUUGA